AUGGGAAAAGUGCAAUAUUUACAGAAGUGUAGAUUUUGUAAAUGUGAAGUAAACGCUAAACACUUCGAUCUAGUACAACCAGUUAGAACCAAAAAACAUGCAAUUGCUUCAAAAGAUUUUUCAACAUCAAGAGCAAUACCAAGUUAUGUAAGACCUCCAUCUAUAAGAUCAGCUAAUGCAGAAGGUACAAUAUGUUUGUAUAUUGCUGCACAUUGCUCCAUUUUAAGUUGUGAUCACCUUGGGGUAUUGUGUAAAACUCAAUUUCAAGAUUCUGCGGCAGGAAAAGACAUUAAGUUGCACAGAACAAAAUGCACAUAUAUUAUAUGUAAUACAUUAAAACCUCAUUUCGAACAUUUAUUGUUGAAAGAAAUUGAUAACCAACCCUACAGUUUACUCAUCGAUGAGUCAACUGACAUCAGUGUUUUUUAA